AUGGAAGACUACGAAAAGCAGAAGUCGUCAGGCAACAAGUCCAUUCAUCACUUCUCCGACCUGACCCCUGUCAAUGCAUGGGGAAGUGGAGCCAAGCCAGUGUUGCCAGGCAAAGAGGACUUUCUGCAGCAGUUGCAGACGGCUCUCCUCCACUUUCAGCGCGCGCGACAAGGGGAGGACGGCAAAGGCUCCGCUCAUCUUGCAUCUGGCAGCGGCUUGCUGUUGGUUGAAGGCUAG